UGACGAUGUCAAAGUCCACAGAUGAUCAAGAUGUGUUAGAGUUCAUUAACUCAUUGCCCGACUCCAAGUCCAACACUCCCAAGCCUGAGGGUAAGGAAGAAGAUUUGUUGGAUUUUUUGGACGAGUUGGCCGCUCAUGAUAAGAAGCCACUGAAGUUGUCCCCCAAGAAAAAGGAAGACCCCAAACAAGAACAAGAACAAGAACAGGAACAAAAACCCACCAAACCAUCGGCCGCUGCCAUCGAGUCUGCCAAUGAAGAACUCGAGAUAGACCCCAUCAACUCCAUCACCAACUGGUGGAACAAAGAAGGGUCCACUGCCGUAUCAAGUCUCUGGGGGUCUAUCACCACAAAUGCAACUACCUUGAGUGAAACCACCUACAAAAUUGCCAGCGAUACCACCAACCAGUUGAACACCAAACGGCAGGAGUUCAUGAAGGACCAGGAAGAAAACGGCGGCAAGAACUUGCAACAGAUCACCAACUUGACCAAUAGACUAAACAACAUAUUGUCCAACAUAACCGAACAGAUCAACACCAUUGGUGGGGAGGAUGAAUUGAUCAACUUGGUGAUUGUGAACGACUUGAACAAUCUAACCUACCUCAAUGACUUGAUUUCCAAGAACUUUGGCAAGGUGAUGAACCAGGUCGAAGGAGGUAUUAAGGUUCAAAUCAAUAAUUAUAACCACAAUCACAAUCAAGGGGAUGAGGUUGACUUGAACAUGUUCACUGGCAAGCUCAUUGAUGGGGAGAAGUUGUGCUUGGCCAACUUGGAUAACUCGGUCAAGAACUUCAACAAGGCCAUCGAGUUUGAAAAACAAGAACAAACUGAGUUGAACGAAAAGUUGAAUCUCAUCAACCGUUCCAAUGUGUUUAUUUCCAUUCAGCCCAUAAACGUUUCUGGAGAGGUGAACAAAGAUGACGAUGAGAUUGUCAUUGACCAGACCAACCCCAGCUCUUUCUUCUUUUUGAUCAUUUUAAACGAUGUCACCAACAAAAUAGUCAUCAAAACCAAAACCCAGGCAUUCCCAUUGGUAUGGGCCAGCUGGUUAAUGGGCCAGCAAUUGGACCAGUUCCAGGAGUAUGAGGACAUUGACCCCAGAGAAUGGGUAAAGGACUGGAUCAAACUGGGAUUGAAUUUGUCGUUCGGAGUAUUGUCCCAGCAGUAUGUGAUCAAGAGAAUGGGCUUUUAGUAUCAAUUAUAUAUUAAGUAUCAUGUUAAUGAACCGUAGUUGUGUUGUGUAUCAGACUAUUGCUGAUGUAUAAUUAUUAUUAAAUUCUAUAAACCGUUUGUAUUCCGUCGUGUAUCAUUAAAACAAGUCCGCAAACUCAGCUCUGUGAGGAUGGACCAAGUUGUGGAGAUUGAUGUGAUUGUGUGCCAUGGGAUCGUGGUUGCUCAACAACCGUGAGAUGGUGAGAUCGUUAUUGGCCAACAAGUUGUUGUUGGCGUCAAACACCAAGGGGCCGUUAAACUUCAACCGGUUAAACUCGCCAGCGGAAACCAUGUUUAAGUCGUUCAAGUACAUCUUGGAGUUUUGGUGGGAUGCCUUGAACAAUUCAGGGUAGGAUGCUACCAAAAUCGAUAAGUUAUCGGGGUGGAUAUGAAGAAAGCUAUUAUGGAUCAUUUUGUAGUCCUGGUAGCAUGGUUUAUCUUUUAAUACCACCUUGAUGUUGUAGCUGUUCAAUUUGUUUAACAAGGAGAGGUUCAACUUCUGAGCCUGGAAGAUAGUGAUUGCUUGUCUAAACAUAAGAAAAAGAUGUGAGU